GCCUGCCAUACCCCAGUGCGAGUUCUACAAGUGCUGCCUUCCUCAGCGUUGAGAUCAAUCUACCGCCACCCCCUGUGCCUCCAAAAUCUGAAGCUGCUCAGUGGGUUCUUUGAAAAGUCUGAUCAAGAGGUGGACCAGUCGCUACCCUGAUGCUAAAACUGACCCCAUGAACGCAUGGGAUGACAUCAUUACAUCCCGGGGUUUCUUUCUGGAUGAGAUCUGGGAGAAGCUGUGCUCGUCUCCUGCUAACAGUAUGGAGGUGGAUGGAGCUGAGCAGGACAGUACAGCAGAAGAGUUGGGAGCACUGGUGAAGGACUGCAAGUUUAGUAUGAAACUGAACAUGGCAGAUAGCGCCUGGAAACAGAACAACUUCUCCGUGGCAACAAAGCUGUUGAAAGAACUUCACAGGGAGGCGAAGGCUGAGAAAGGUUGGCUACAGCGCUGGGUGCACAGCUUCAGCCGUUUCAGCCAGCGGAAGAGCCAGGGGCCCGCUGAGCAGAUCCGCUCCCUGCUCAAGACUGUCCCACUGCUUGAGGAGUUUGAGGAGCAGAGUGAAGCUUCCACUAGCAAGCUGUUCAGAGACCAGAGGAUCCUACUGGGCACCACCUUUGACCUUUUGGCCAGCGCUGUGCACCGCAGUCCCUCUGCUCUGGAGAUCGUCGGAGAAGAGAGAGCACAGAGUUCUAGAACUUUCCAGGGCACCUUCCAGAUUGUUGGGAUGAGGUUGAGUCAGUUGGAGAAGCCCAAGAUGGACAAGAAAAUGAUGAGGACACUGUAUGAAGAAAUGAGCACCUCACUCUGCAACUCUAAAGCCCCAGGAAUUGUAGCCUUCCGGCAAAAAUUCCGCCAGACAUUUUCCAAAGAAGUGGAGAAGCUUUUUGGCCCAGGUGGCUCGAAGGUAUACGAGAAGCGUAAAGAUGAGGAUUAUCUUAGGAGAGUGGAUGAGCUGGUGUCGCUCAUGAGAGGCUUCCAGAAAGAGCCAGGGAAUCUGAAGGAGUACUCACCCUGGCUCAGUAACUUCAGCGCAGACACACUCCGGAACGAGCUGGAGGUUCCAGGACAGUACGAUGGAAGAUCCAAGCCUCUGCCUGAAUACCAUGUGGAGAUUACAGGGUUCGAUGAGAGGGUGAAGGUUAUGACUUCUGUUCGCCGUCGGAAACGUCUCAUCAUGCGAGGAAACGAUGAAAGGGACCAUCCGAUCCUGGUGAAGGGAGGAGAGGACGUGUGUCAAGAGCAGCAUCUCAAGCAGCUCUUUGGUGUCAUGAACAUCAUUCUCAGUCAGGGCACAGCCUGCUCACAACGCAGCCUGAUGCUCCGUACCUACCAGGUUGUUCCAAUAACCAGCAGAAUUGGGCUGAUCGAGUGGAUGGAAAAUACCUGCACGCUGAAAGACUUACCGGCCAGCAAAAUGACUGAUAAAGAGCAGAAAAACAUAACGACCUUUGCAGUAAAGCAGCUUAAGAGAGGAGGCACCUGGACUGAGAGCGUUGAUACCAAAGAGAUCAACUGGUACCCGCUCCAAAAGAUCGACUUUGCUCGCAAGAAGCUAGAGGGAGCCAACCCCUCAGUUAUAACGAGGUAG